AUGGGCAAGAUGGCCGACCUGAACGCGAUAACCAGCCUACAUAGCCGGGCCACCAGAGCGUCCAAGUCAGUUGACGACUCCACAAGCCCCUCCCGAUUUGGCUGGACUUGUAUGCACCUGGCUGCUAGAGAAGGUCACAUUGAGGCUGUACGGACACUUCUCGACCAUAGUACAGAGUGGAUGAUGUCGGAUACCUCUGCACUCGACGCCCUGUGUCUUGCGGUUUUUGGAGGACAGAGGCUCUCUUGCUAUCAAUUGGGCUUCCGAGCGAUGUCUCCAAUGCCACAGGUCCGUAUCAACAAGAUAGGACCGAUAUCGGCGGAAUUCGGUACAUUGUUUUUCCGGAGAAUUCACAUGCCGCAAUCUUUAGCGAUCCUUGAAUUGCCUCAACCUGAUGACUAG